AUGGUGAACCUAGUGGCUAUGGUGUGGCGCCGGCUUCUGCAGAAGAGGUGGGUGCUUGCCCUGGUCUUCUGGCUCUCGCUCGUCUACCUCCUCACUAGCACCUUCAAGCAGGAGAUGAGGGCAAAACAACUUCUCCUGGAACACUUCCUCAACCGGGCAGGCGUGGCGUUUCAGAACCUCAUCAUGACAGUGGAAGAUCACUCUGAGUUGUGUUUGGCUAAAUGCAAGACCUCAUCCCAGAGCGUCCAGCAUGAGAAUACCUAUAGGGAGCCUAUAGCCAAGUAUUGCUACAGCGAGAGCCCUCCCAACCUCUUCCCUGUGAGAUGGGCGCAGAAGACUUAA